GGCUGGCAGCACCUUGGUGAUGUGUGGGUGUCAUUGGCAUGUGGACAGGCAGCCUCCUGCCUCUGCCCUGCUCAGCUGGAGCCGUGACCCCCGCUUCCUGUGGCCCGUCGAAGUGGGUGGGUGGGGGUACUGCUUGCCAGCUUCCGAUCCUGGGGCUGGGGAAUGAGGCCGGGAGAGCCAGGAGUCUCGGCUUUGUCCUUGAAGUGAUGACGUGGAGAAGCAGCAGAAGAUGCUGGGCUGUAAACAGGGCUGGUCUUUCCUGAUUGGGUGGCCUUAGUUUCCCUGCAGGGAUGCAGCUUGAGGGAGAUUCUGGGUGACCUAGUUUCUCGGGGGUGGGGACAAGAACAAGCCCUGGACUGUGGGCAUGGCUGGCCCUCUUCCAGUCUUGAUGCAGCUCUUGGGCUGGCAGAGCCGUCUAAGCCCCUGUUUUGAUGGGCAUGGGGGUCCCAGAUCAGUUUCAGGGUGGGUGUCCUGCCUCCCUGUCCCCACCACCCCCAUGUGUGGGGAGAGGUCCUCUGUAGGAUGAGAGGUGAAAGCCAGGAGUACAGCCACCAGCUUCAUGGAGGGGGCGGGACGCAGCGCAGUCUGGCCCCUCCCUGGGCCAGGGCUACAAAUAACCCUGGAGCCAGGGUGCCAGUGCUGCUGUUGCACCAGCCCUUGCAGUCUGUCUCACAGACACACCCCCAGCCUGGACCUCAGACCUCUCCUGGGACGCAGAUCCUGAGCCUAUCCACACCCCUCAGGUCCGCGGUCACGCCCGGCCGUGUCUGUCCCUCUACGAUCGUCCACUCCGCACCAUGGGCAGGCCCCUGACGUUAUUGGCCGCGCUCUGGGCGCUGGGGGCUGCCGGAGCCCAGGCGCUGCGCAUCGGAGCUUUCAACAUCCAGAGCUUCGGCGACAGCAAAGUGUCAGACACGGGCUGCUGCGGCGUCAUCGCGCAAAUCCUGGCUGGCUAUGACGUCAUGCUCGUGCAGGAGGUGCGAGACCCCGACCUGAGCGCUGUGUCCGCGCUCAUGGAGCAGAUCAACAGCGUGUCCAGGCACGAGUACAGCUUCGUGAGCAGUGAGCCCCUGGGUCGGGACCAGUAUAAGGAAAUGUACCUAUUCGUCUACAGGAAGGACACGGUGUCGGUCGUGGACACGUACCAGUACCCGGACACCGAGGACGCCUUCAGCCGGGAGCCGUUCGUGGUCAAGUUCUUGGCACCCCGCUGCGCAGCCAAGGAGUUGGUGUUGAUUCCGCUGCACGCGGCGCCGCACCACGCUGUGGCCGAGAUCGACGCGCUCUACGACGUGUACCUGGACGUGAUUGACAAGUGGGGCACCGACGACAUCCUGUUUCUGGGCGACUUCAAUGCCGACUGCAAAUACGUGCGGGCACAGGACUGGCCGGCCAUCCGCCUGCGCAGCAGCGAGGUCUUCAAAUGGCUCAUCCCGGACAGCGCUGACACCACGGUGGGCAACUCGGACUGCGCCUAUGACCGCAUCGUGGUCUGUGGCUCCCGCCUGCGCAAGAGCCUGAAGCAUCAGUCAGCCACUGUGCACGACUUCCAGGAGGAAUUCGGCCUGGACCAGACUCAGGCCCUGACCAUCAGUGACCAUUUUCCUGUGGAGGUGACCCUCAAGUCCCACUGACAGCCCCGGGCCCUGGCUGGGGCAGAGCCUGCAGACUGGCCACAGGAGCAAGCCCCACAGGACUCCUCCAGCGUGGCCAGCCAACCCCCAGCGAGGCUGCAGGGCACGGGCAGCUGGGCCUGGACAAGUGAUGGGACCACUCAGAGCCUGUUUCCCCAUCUGUGAAAUGGGCUGCCACCACCUACCUCAUAAGGUUGUGAGAAACACCUUCCAGCAUGCUGGGCAUGCAGCUGAGCUCAAUAAACAGCACACACUCAGCCAGGGCCCCACACACAUGUGGGCUUUGACUCCUCCAGGUCCCUUCUUAGGGCUCAGCCCUUCUGGGACACAGACCUUGGUCCUGCCACCCAGCAGAUCCCUGGUCCCAGCCCACGUAGGGGACAAGGACAGCCUGGCCUGCCCACACCAUCUUUUCUGCUGGGAACUGACCAUGUCCAGACUGGGCUGGCUCCAGAAGACAGUGCCUGUGCUCACUGGCAGAAGCUUCUUGCUCUUUGUGUAAACUAAGUGCUUCCAAGCACCUGAACUGAGUGCACAUGGGGUAAGUGCUCUCACACACACGCCGUGUGGAUGUGCAAGGCCAACCUCCCAAUCCUCAGUGAUCCUCCUCCAGCCCCAGUUCCCAGGUCUGCAGGCCUCUAGCAGCACUUGUGGGUAUGAGGGUCCUGUCCCACCCAGCACUGCAGUUGGUGGGGGGAGGUCAGGAAGGUCGUCCCCCUGCCCCAAGCUGGUUGGCAGCCCUGAGACUUGUGGAGAGCCCCUCACUGGUGAGCAGGCAGGCUGGGUGAGGGUUCUGCCCAUAGAACCCCAACAACUCACUGUGGUACAGCCCCUUCAAAGGUGCCUUCCUGGUAGCUUCCUCCUCAGGAGCCCUGCGCUGGGCAAAGGCUCGCCAGGGAGGGCACUGGCCUGCGCCUCGAGUAAGCCCAUCCCAAGGGUGGGGGACAUGCAGAACUGGGGUACACAGUGUAACUGACAGGGACCCGGUGAGGUUGCUGGUUUUCAAAGCAUCUCACCUUUGGCAGGAUUUAAUUGGCCUGAAUUAUACUGAAGGGUAAAACCUUUGUUUC